AUGAACUCCUUUAUUGUUGAUAGCUCCAAGCCGGCUACGUCAACAUUUACGUGCCACACCUGUGGAAUAAAGUUUGCCGCAGCUGAUCUUCAAAGGCAACAUAUGAAGACAGAUUGGCACAGGUAUAAUUUAAAGAGAAAGGUGGCCCAGCUUCCUUCAAUCAGCUCUGAUGUAUUUGCGGAGAAGAUAUUAGAUUCUCAAAGGCGAGCUGAAGAGCAGCCAGAAGUUGAUGAGUUUGGAUUUGUUAUCGAUACUAAGAGAGGGGGAAAACGGACACUGUUUACCAAGAAACUUGAAGAACGGACAAGAAGAGGGAGGACUUUUGAGGCCUCUGUUCGUGAGUCAAGAACCGAAAGCCCUUACUCUGUAACGUCUCAUCUUUCUGAGUUCUCGUUAGGAGACUCGAUGGCAGAAACGUUCUCAAAUGCUGAGACAGGAUCUGAGCUCAAUUAUACGGAAUCUGAUUUCACGGACUUGGAUGGCAUGUAUGAGCUUGAUUCAGAGACUGAAUCAUGGGAGGAAGAUAUGUCUGAGACUGAGAGUCUCGAGAACGUGGAUAUAAUGCCAAUAUCACAUUGUUUCAUUUGUGGGCGGAAUAAUCAUAAUGCGGAAGAGAACGCUAGACACAUGUUCAGCAGUCAUGGUCUAUACAUACCUAAAAGAUCAUAUCUUUCGGACUUAGAUGGACUACUAACCUACAUAAGUGAGAUAAUUACUAUUUACAACGAAUGCCUUGUUUGUAACUUUCAAGGGAAGAGUUUGAUCAGUAUAAGGCAACAUAUGUGCUCAAAAGGUCAUUGCAAGCUUCCUUAUGAGACUAAGGAAGAAAAACUUGCGAUUGCACAAUUCUACAACUUUGAUUCUCAUACAUCUUUGACACAUCUACCAAUCCACAGUCGGAAGCAUGUUUCUUUCGAGGAUCAAGGAGAAGAGGUAAUAGUUAAUGUUUUACCCGAUCUGCCAACACUGGCGGACUCAAUAAGAGAUCCCAUAUCUAAUGAUAAUUACUCCCUAGUGCAUGUGGACCCGACUGGCGUAGAAUUGACCUUGCCUACAGGGUCUCGAAUAGGUCACAGAUCUAUGGUUCGAUACUACCGUCAAAAUGUUGCUCUUCCUAGAGAAAAUUCAGAGUCCCAAAGAACAGUUGCAGUUGCCGAUAGACGCUUUGCGCCUGGAUUGACUCUGCGUGAAGUAAUCAAACAACAGGCGCAGACUCAAAAGCAGAUCCAAGUUGCACGCAAUAUAUAUGAGAGAAAAUCAAAGCCAGCGAGGAUAAACUUCCAACGCCAUUACAGAGACGAGCUUUUGGGUCCUAUGUAA